AAUAAUCAGAUUAUUGUUAAUGAUCAAACAUUAAAAGAAAGAAUAACACAGAUAAUAACAAAAUAUAUUGAUGAUGAAAAUCUUUCCAUAGAUUUAUUCAAGCUUACUGUGCAAUAUAAAAUAAAUACUAACAAACGAGUUAAACAAUGUGAUUUCUUCAAUUAUGAUACGAGAAAAAAAUUAGGAGACGAAACUAAAACAGGAAACAAGAUAGUGAUAUCUUAUAUAACAAGGAUGGCUGAUAAACAUGAAACUUUUUGGAACCAAAAUAAUCUUUAUCUUAAACAUGUAAAUGAUGUAUCGGAACUUGGAAAACGUAAAUGUAACAAAUGCAGUAGACAUAAAUUUUGUUGUGAAAAUACUAUAGUUAAUAAUAAUUGCUGCUUUAUUGAAACAUGUAUGAAUAUAAAUGUGGUGAAUCCACCUAUAAACUUCAGAGAUUUAAAUUUAAUUAGUUAUGGAUUUAUGUUUAUAAACCAGAUUCAACCAACAUAUACUCAUAAGCAUACACUUUGUAAAGAUUGUUUUGAUAUUUGUCUAAAAAAUUCAGUAGUUGAAUUUUUAAACGAUUUUGUCUGGAAAUGCUCUUAA